CGACGAACCUUCUGCGUGCGAGAUGCGUUCCGCUUAGAGCUUCCGUUCGCUACAGACGCGUUUUAUACGGCCCCCGCGGGUGAACGAGAUUGUGCGUAGUUUAGUUGUGUUAUUAACUGCCGUCCACGACCAGGAUGCAGUGUUUGGAGUCACCCGUCGCGGUGGUAGUGGCCCCGGUGUUAUGGUACGGGGCGCAACGUACGUCAUGCCGUCGGUAAACAUGGCGUCCUCGGUGACAUUGUCGCGCCAUUGUUCAGUGCAGCUUGACUGUGUGCAUAAGUAUGGUGAGUGCGCGUUGCGGUUAAGUAAAGAGUGAAACGAUCGAUCGAACGGUUUUUCUUCCCGCUCGUCACAGACGCCCAUCAAUAAAGGCAGGACACAAAACGCGCUUUUGUGGUGAGGAAGGAAUCAUCACGUCACAAGAAGACGAAGGUGAGAAGCGACAACAAUAAACAUUGAUCACCGAUGCCCUUUUUCGGUCGAACUGGGUGAACAGGUCCCGAUUCGAAGAUCGAAAAGCGAACGAAAACAACAACAAAAAAUCAAAGGAGGGAAGAAAUCAAAAUCAAAACAAAAUUAGAUACACCUUACAUGCUGCUGCCACCAGACGAAACAACUCGAUCAGGUUCGAUCGAGACCGAGCGUUACACGCGGGAUGUUAAGAUUAAGGUGCGUUACCGUUAGGGCCUUUAGCCCCUUUUUCGGUUACAGAGAUUUGGGAUCCUUUUUUGCCGUGUGAGAACAAGUGUAAAGUGUGACAAGCAGCUACCUGCACAUCCCCAGCGAUCAGUGAUGUAAUUUAAUCCUUAAUUAUGAGCUUUUUUAUUUCCUUUUUCAAGUGUGUUUUGGUGGGUGAAAAUGUUAUCCUUAAGCGGGGGAAAGCAUAGCUUUUGAGGCUUGAAAGUGCAUUUUAACUGACGAGUGCGAGUGAGUGAUUACAAAAGGCAAGGAAAAGUCACAGAAAAAGGUCGAUCGGCUUGUUGUGUGUUGUGUUUUGCGUUCAGCCUAUUCCCGUACCAAGGCGGUUCAGUUUCGGCACGGCCUUUUCCAAAGCUUCUGCAUCAUCCGGCGGCGGCUCUAUUUUGAACCGGUUCGUACCAAAGCGCUCGCGUGUGUGUGUGUAUUUGAGUGCGUUUUUAUCCGUGUGUGAGUGUGUGUGCUUGUGCAGACAGGCCAGCUUGUAGCAGGAAGCAGAAUCGCAGGUAGACCGACGUCGUCGGGCAUCGAAUUGCGGAAUUGCUUGCGCAGAAUAGCAAUUGCGCAACGUGUGCAGAAGAAGGAAAGGGGAACGAAGAAAGCGGGGGCCGGGUGGAAAAAGGGAAUUAUAAAAGUGCAUCUUCGUGUGUUGUGGCCCUGCACUGAAGCCAACUGCUUUCAGCUCGUUCGAUUCGAUUACGCAGGUUUCAAUCGCACGAGCCCGCUCCGCACACAAACACACCACCACGGACAAAGAGCAGUACAGUCGUCUCCAGCCCUUUUUUUGUGUUGGGCGUUGUUUGUUGUGUUUGUGGUGGGCCGAACACAUCGAUCCAGGACAGGCGAUGCGAAACGGGAUCCGGUCUUCGCUCUAGAACCCAGACAUGCGUAAUGAGCCCACCCUGCAGCCUGCGAGGGAGAAGCCACUCCCGAACACCGACACCACCACCACCACCACGAUCGUACCUCACAUCAACGGCAAUGGUGCAGUACCGGAAAACACAACCCGAACACCACUGCACGAGGCAGCCGCCGGUGGGGAUGAGACGAAGGUGGAAACCCUCCUGGCCGCCGGUGCCGAUCGAAAUGCCAAGGAAUCGGUGCACGGUAACACACCACUACACGAGGCCGCCUGGAAGGGUUACAGUCGCUGUGUGAAGCUUCUGUGCGCCCUGCCCAAAACGAAGCCACCCGCCAGUUCGAAGGGUAUCUCGAUCGAUCUGCUGAAGGACGCGACCAAGAUCAAGCACGCGCUGCACGAUACGAAGGGCGCGUUGCACAGUGCGCUGCUGGGCACGCGCAACUUUGGUGGCUUUUCCGCGCUACAUCUGGCCGCCCAGAACGGUCACAACCAGAGCUGCCGGGAGAUACUGCUCGCCGGUGCCGAUCCUGAUGUACAGAACAAUUACGGCGAUACGCCACUGCAUACCGCGUGCCGGUACGGCCAUGCCGGUGCCAUUCGCAUCCUCCUGUCGGCCAAAUGUGACUUCGAGCGGAUUAAUCUGAACGGAGACACGGCGCUGCACAUAGCGUGCGCCAUGGGUCGUCGGAAGCUGACACGCAUCCUACUCGAAGCUGGCUGCCGGCAGGACACCAAAAAUGCUCAGGACGAAACGGCACGGGACAUUGCGCAGCGCAAGAAUCUGGUCGAGAUCAUCAACAUCCUCAACACACCGGUCGAUCUGUCGGCCCGGCGAUCACGGGAACGUUCCAGCAGCAGCUCACAGCACCAGCGUAACAAACCGGACGGCGUCGUCGUUAACGGGAGAACGCACCACAAACCAUCUCCCCACGAUCCGUCGCAUGCGGCCGAACGGCGUUCGCGCAGUAAGGAUGAGGUGACGCGAAAAUCGGGUCGCCGUAGCAAUUCCAACGAUGAUGCUGCGGCGGCCGCUGCCACACGGGCCGAUGCAAUCGAUCCAAAGCAUUGGUCACCGUACGGUUGUCACUACUUUCCCGAUCCGCGGAACUUUCCUUCGCCCAAGCUGGAAACGCUGCCCAAGGAACCGCUGGGCAAUGGGGAGCAAUACUUUCUGGAUUUGGCCGGUAACAUCCGGAAGGGUCCGGUAGGCGUUGGCAAUACGUGCUACUGUGCGCCGUUCUUCAAGCAUCUCGAGCAGCGCAUGAACCAGAACCGGCGCAGCAUUCGGAAGUAUGUGCACCGGGCGACGGAGAAGCUCGACAGCCGGAUGACUGCGCUGGCGAUGCGAACCGAUGACCAGAUUGAGGAGCUUACCAAAUCGAUGAUAGCGAGCCGGGUUCAGUGCGAGAACAAGCGGCUCCAUCUGGAGCAGUGGCUGAAGCGGGGUAUUGCGGAACGGUCCACCACCACGGCUACCUCGGGCGGGCUGGAGCACAGCAACAGCAAAACCAAAAAGGAUGAGGCUAACACUAACACGCUGACGCGCUGUCGAAGCCUAGAGUUGCUGGACGAUCAUGACGCGAUGCUGCUCACGUCCGGUGUCGAUGCAAUAGACGAUCAGCUGCGAAAGUCCUCGACACCCACCAGAGCACUGUUUUCGCGCAGCAUCGACUUCCUGGAUGCGGCCACCAACGGCGACUCGGACCACGGGCUUCGCUUACAUCGGCAGCAACAGCAUCAGCAGCAGCAACAAGAGCUUGAAAGUCACCUUCGCUUGCUCCAGUAUGCGGCUGCCGGUGGUGGUGGUGGUGGUGCUGGUGGCCACACGUCGGACGCACUCGAAAGCUCCAAUAACUCCAACAUGAAGAACCACUCAGAAUCGGCCGAAACGCCUCCAAUCCCCGAUGGCACCAGCAUCAGGAUCUCGCGCCGACCACGUUCCUCGUCCAUGUCCGGUCGGGACAGCUACUCGUACUCCUCGGACAACAACAAGGACAACGAUCGCGAGAAGCCACCGCCACGGCUCGUAAACGGUGGACCCGAUCCUAUGAAGUUGAUCAAGAAGCGUUCGCUACCGCCAACCUCCUCCACCCCGACAUCGGCCAUUUCGUCCAACGGAGGAACCGGAGCAGUGACGAGCGCCAAGAGCGAAAAAGCCAAAGUCACCGAACGGCUCGAGGAGCUGCUGAGCAAGACGAAGAAAAUCCUCGAGCUGGAAAAGAUGACAAAGGCGGCAGGAGGAGGAGGAGCAGCAUCGCCUUCCGGGUUGGUUUCCUCUCCCCUGAUCGGAAUCCACCCAAGCGCCGCCAGCACACCGACGACCGACAAUCGGUACAUUCUGGCGCUGGACAAACUGCGCGACAUCCAUCACUACGAACCGGCCGCUGGUGGACCGAAACCUUCCGGACGGUCUGCACGCGACUCACCCGGGUACGAUAUUGCGCAGGAGAUGGAGAAGAUCACCAAAUCGCUCUUACCGGCCGCACCGGUGUCGCCCGAAAUUGCGAAGGACAUUACGACGCGCAAGGAGCGUCCAACGACCGUGCUUUACGCGUCCUACCAGCAACCGUUGCACCAUCCACACCGGCGAACAACACCCCAAGAAUCGUCACCCCUGUCCACGACUCCGCUCUCGACAAUGUCCCCAAGCUCGUCCCUACUCGGCGGACAGACGGCACCGUCACGGAGCUCACCGUUCGCCUCCGAUCGGCAACAUCUUGCGUCCACCAACUUUAUGGAGGAUUCGCCGUGCGAUGAGCAAAGCGUGACCGCUGCAAUGGGCGGCUGCCUGAUGAAUGGGUUCUACUCGAACAGCUGCUUUGAAGAUGCUCCGCCAAGUUCCUCCAACACGACGAUCAAAUCGGCAGGACCUCGCCGACAGCCGGAGGCGGAAGAUUCAGAGCUCGAGCAGGAAGAGCAAGAUGGUGCGGAGGAGGAGGAGGAGGAGGAGGAAGAGGACGAGGAGCACGAGCAGGAAGACACGAAGGAGCAGGAAGAUGAAGAGGACGAGCAGGAUGAGGAGGACGCGAGCGAUCUCUCUGACCGAUGUGAUCUGUCGGCGAUGGCGAAUCUUGCCGAGCUGAAGGAGCUCAAGAGCCGAAUCCUUAACGGUACAAACUGGCGCAGCCAGGUGCUGCAGAAGAGCGUCCAGGAGUUGCUGCGAAACGGUGAGGGAGGAACUGAUGCCAUCUCCGGUUCUCAGGAGCAAGACCCGUCGCACGCGUUGGCCGAAACGAAUCGUGUCAAGUACAUUAUCUCCAAACUGCAGCAGACUGGUGUCAGUGCUGGUUCGGAUGUAGCGAUCCGGACACAGCAUCAAGUUCCUCCGAUGGCACGGUGUGAAGACUUUUCCGACAGUAGCAGUGAAGAGGAUGAAGAUGAGGUAGCAGAGGACGUCCAUGGCCACCAUGUGCACGAGGACGAGGAUGAGGAUUGUGUUGAUGGACCACCGAUCCCGGUGAACGGAGAGCAGGACAAACCACGCGAAAUUGGAAUCGGUACGGCGAAAAGCUUGAUCCAGCUGUACGAACAGUCGUCCUCCUGCACGUCAGCAAACGGUGCCAUCGGGAAGCCCGUCGCGAAUGGUCCUUUUGCAAGCGUUCCCAAGGAUGCUUACUUCCAUGAGCUACCGGCGAGGAAGCUGCUGCCACCGGCCCCGGAACUUAACUCCAUGUCCGGGCUGACGUCUCGGGUGCAUCAAACUGCGCGCAGUCGAAAUCCGCUGCCAUCGUACCUGUUGCAGGAGGGCGCAGGUGAACUGUUCCAGCAGCAAUCGCCAGACAUCCUCGACCAGCAAGGUCCUGCCUCCGGAGGGUACGCUCAGCAGCCCGGUUACUUCGAUGAGCUAAGCUUCCAAAGUCAUCACCCGAUUCCUCAGCUCCGAACGCCAUCGACGAUGAGCUCGUAUCCCAUUCCUGCCGAUGGGUUCCUACCGCCCGUUGGACUACCGAACCCCGUGAACCAUCAUCAUCAUCCUCGCGGCCACAUACACCUGCAGCAGCAGCAGCAACAGCAGCAGCAACAGCAGGAGAAGCUCCUUUCGACCCGGAAGUACAUCAAUCCUUCGUCCGCCGUGUCACUCGCCAGCACCGGAACUCCUUCGCCAGAGUUCCCAUCGUACCACCACCCCCACCAGCAGCAGUUGGCCGGACCACCGUCGACCGCGCAACCGACGUACCCUUCCGCCGGCACCGCGUCCGUCAUCGGUGGCCACUCGCACGCCAUGAUGACAAUGAUGGCCGCCGGUCGCAAAUCCGUCGAUCAGCUGUCCUCCAACGGCGAAGACUCCGGGUACGUUAGCGGGAAAGUGAGCGAAAUUCACAUCCCGAGCGGAGGUGCCAGUCCGCUGCUUUCGGCCACCGCCAGCGCCAACGUUCUCAUCAUACCACCGCCCGCCGCGUCCUCUCCGAAACACUUUCUUCCGUACAGCCAUCAUCACCAUCCGCUCGUGACGUCGAUGCAUCAACGGAACGGCGCCACACCAUCCCACCACGGGAGCGUUGUGACAUCGAUCGUCCCUCCGCCGGCCGGUUCUAGUGCGUCCGUUGCUGCCGGCAUCCAUCCCACGGCCGGGCAGACCACGGCCCAGCUACAUGCCGCUGUGGAGCAGAAGCAGCAAGCGCUCUACAAGCUCGGAGCUUCCAGCUUAGUCUAGCGUGCUGUUCGAGCGCUCUUUUUUUGCUGUACAGAAAAAUGGUGAUGCGUGGUUGUUUAGUAUUAAGCCAGCUGUUGAUUAAUCGCUAGAAACGUAAGAUCUGCUAGGUCUGCUCCUAUUUUCCUCUUACUUAAAUUAUUUUUCUCCUUCACUUAUUGUAUGUAGUGUAAGCGUAUCAUGCUCCUAACGACGCCUCUGUUACUCGGAUAUGUGUUUUCUCGUUUUAUUGAAGCAAGAGAGAAGCAACGGAGAGAUGGGAUCGAACUCGCAUCGAAUCCACUCCCGUACGGUCCAGAAUGGGAUAAAUAAAGCUCAUUUUUAGCUCAAAAUGUAA